AAGAAGAAGAAGAAGAAGAAGAAGAAGAAGAAGAAGAAGAAGAAGAAGAAGAAGAAGAAGGGGUUGAGGGCGUGGCUUGUUUCUAAGGAAGUGUGUGAUCCCAAGUGGUCGGUUAAGUUUUUGCUAGUUCCACUAUUUUGUGACUGUCGCGCACUGAAACACUUUCGUACAAGUAUGGGUGAAGAGGAAGAAAAAUAUGACGGAAUGCUACUUGUUAUGGCGCAGCAACAUGAAGGAGGCGUACAGGAGUUAGUAAAUACAUUUUUCAGCUUCCUUCGGCGCAAAACCGAUUUCUUCAUUGGUGGAGAUGCUGGUGCACCAGAGAAGCUCGUCAGAGAUGCCUUUGAUCAUCACAGUAAACUGGCGUUAAAAGCCCACAAAGAGAAACGGGUGAAACAGGAGAUGGAGAAGAAGCAAAAGGCUGAAAGAGCAGCCAAGCUGGCAGAAGAGGAGAGGAAAAAGAAAAGCAAUGAGGAACCUAGGAUUCAGGAGCUGACGGAUGAAGAGGCAGAGAAGCUUCAGUCCGAGUUAAACGAGAAAAAGAAGGAAGAAGAAAAACUGAAGAAUGUAACAAGUGCAGAAAAGACCUCUGAAGAAUCAGAGAAGGAGAAGUCUGACUCUGAAGGAGAGGAAGAUGAGAAGGAUAAAGACAAGCUGAAGCCUAACUCAGGAAAUGGAGCUGACCUGCCAAACUACAAAUGGACACAGACAUUGUCUGAAGUCGAUAGAUUUAUCCAUCCCCUGAGAGUGGCCAUCCCCUCCCUCGUUGACUUUGCUGAUUGGCUAGAAUACGAGCUAGAAGUUCAGGAAGACAGCAUGAAGCCCCCCAAGAGAGAGGAGUUGUUUAACAAGAAGCCUGAUACCAAGCACACUCCCAAACCCUCAAGUAAGACUGCUACCAUCCUCCUGGGCACUGAGAAGGUUUCAGGAUCAAGCAAUGUAGCAGCACCAUCUGCACCUGGACAUCCUCCUAACAGGUCAAAGGGAGUAGAGAAGAACAUGCCUCUCCUGAAAGCCACUCCAGAAGCAGUUUUGCCUCUCCUGAGAGGCAUAGAGAAGCGCUUAACCAAAUCGCCAGAACAAGCUGCUACCUACCAAAGGGAGAUUGAUAAGCUUGUAGAAUCUGGCUAUGUAGUGAAACCAGUGGAGCACCAGUUGGAGACCAGUGGUGAAGCUUGGUAUAUCCCCAUCAUAUGGUUCAACAUAAUGGAAAGAACCGAGUAG